AUGGCUACCAAUACCGACCUGGGGAACCCGGCAAACUUCCAACUGCUAGGCAGUAAAGACUGGUUUAAAUGGAUCUCGAUUAUUGAGAAGUUCGCUGUCAACGAAAAUAUCUGGGCCUAUAUCAACCCUUCUAUGCAAGAUAGGCCUACUUUACAACAACCCGUUGAGCCUACUGCUUCUACCAUCAAGCCUCAUGCUUCCUCUAUCCUUGACCUUGACGAUUCUGAUUUUACUAGGUUGCAGUAUAUGACGAAUGUCUAUAGGACUGCCCUACAGGAUUAUAAGGAUAAGAAAAAGGCUCUCGUCAAUAUCUAA